UUGACUUUUGGGAUAUAUGCCUCUCUUUCUCUGGGUGGUUCCCUUUCCAGAAAACAACUCACCUGCCCCAAAUUCUUCUUUCCUUUUGGGUCUCCUUUGUUUUCAUGGUUUCUCUCUCGCUCCUGGGAGCCCUGGCCCUCAAAAUGGUGACAAACUAUGAAGACAUGGGGAGGUCACUUCUCAAGAUCAGAAGAGACUGGAUUGUAUUUAGAUUCCUUCAACAAAGAAGUAUGCCAUGAGUCCCUUCUUCUUGAAUGCUGAAGCACCAUUUUCCUCCUAUGGGUCCCAAACCAACUCCUCUCCAUUACUCCUUUAACCUUUUUGUCCACAAAGAGAUACCCUACUCAAACUCUCUUCCUCCCUCUCCCACCUCUAUCUUUCCUUCCCUCUCUCUCCUUCUUUCUCUCCCCCCCCUCUCUCUCACCUUUCUAUAUUUCUUCUAUCUUUUCUCCCUCUCUUUUCUCUUUCCUUUUUGGCCUUUCUUUUCUGUAUCUCCCAAAAUCUUGUCUUUAUGUCUCUUCUGUCCUAUUCUCUUUUUCCCCUCUGCUAUUCUCUUCUCGUCUUCCCUCCUUUCAUCUGCUGUUUCUUCCCUUGUUCCUUCCCUGCCCUCAGCUUCUCUCUAGCACUUGUUCCCUCUGAAUUUUUCUUUUUUUCUUUUCUUUCCCUUCUCAAACUACAGGGUAUCAACAUAAGCUGCCAGGAAUCAGAUCGACAAAGAGAAGUGAGGUUGGUGUAGGAGCUGUCACCCAUAUCCCCGACCAUGGAGCACCAGGAGACAUCAAGACAUCACUGACUAGUGGCCUCCUGAUUCGUGAAUCCAUUGUAUAUUCUAUAGGAUUCCCUACUGAGACUUCAGGGACACUGAAGAAAGUGAGUGGAUCUCACCAGGGAAGAGAACCAACAGACUCCAUCAGUAUCCCUAUGACUGGCUUUAAGGGGAGAGAUUCCAUUACAGACAUUGAAAGAGACAUAUGUGUCAUGGAGACAACUCUAAGAGCCACAGCCUCAAGUGCCACAGAAACCACACCAAAUCCUGAUUUGUCAGUGAGACCUAUCACACUAGAGCCAGGCUCAGCUGCCCUAACUUCCACUGCUCCCACCAUCAUUCCAACACUGUCUGAGGAAGACAUAAACACCUCACUGGUGUCUAUAGAAGGACCAACAGAAGAUAAAACAGUGUCCAGCACCUUCCCAGCAAAUGCAGACACCCCUGGUAUCACUCACAGGGAGCACUUCUUCACAGGUCCUGGAGUAACUUUUCAACCUGACAUGGCCUCUACUUCUCUGCCCAAUUUAUGUGAAGGGAUCAGUUAUUCCAGAAAUAUCCCCUCACCCUCUUUAGGGAGUAGGAAAAGCAGUGCCAUGAUUGGAGUCUGGACAAGCCCAGCUGAACCUCACACUGUGGAGCCUAAGAAGCCCACCCCUGCUGAGGGUUCCCUCUGUAUUGGACCAGUGACUGAAUUUAGCAGCAGGGAAAGUGGACAUUUAAAGAAUAGCUUGGCCUCUGCUGUGACCCUUAACUCUCCACUACCAAGCCCCAUUGCUUCUAGCAGCAUGGAUGUAGACUCAGAAAUGGCGUCAGGAUUAUCUCUCUGGACAGACAGCUCCUCAUCACAAGUAGAAGUCAGUUUUCCUUAUCUCUUUUCCACCACAGGAGAUGGACCCUCCCUGGGAACAGAACCUCACAAUCCCAUCCACGAAUCUCUGAGCCCAUGGCCAGGCUCCUUUCCUGCCUUAAGUACUCCCACAGCCUGCACAAGGACAGCUUCCCUUGAAACUGCUACUUCAUUGGAGGACCCAGGGCCAGCCAGCCUGACUCCAGAGACUGAGAGAAACCCACAGGCAACACCAACUCCAGUUAUCACCCUGCCUCCAGCCAGCACACAGGAAGUUUGCACAACAGCAUCUCCCAGUCCUUCUGACACAACCACAGAGGGCAACAGUGUCAAGUCAGGGACAACCUCUGUUUCUGAUCAAGUGCCUUCCACUUCCAGCCUCUUCCCAAGUAGUGAUGCUGGUGUGGUGCCAGCCACACAUGCCCAAGGCCAUGAAGCACCAGGAAGCACAGGAGCACUGAUGAGGAGCCCCCUGACAUCUAUGUGUUCUAUUAUGCCCACAGAAUUAAGCACAAGUCUGGCUUCCAGUAUGAACAUUUUUGACACCUAUUUGCCUGAUGAUACCAUUGCCCCAUCGGAUGACUCUUCAGAGUCCACAGUGACUUCAGUAUCACAACCCUCAUACUACAAGAUUUUCACUCUCGACUUCACCAUCACCAACAUGUUGUACAAACCAGAGAUGGGCGAAACUGGUUCCAGCACAUUCGAGGCCACUGAGCAUGUCCUGAAGAACCUGCUUAAGGUAUUGUUUGAAAGGAGCAGCCUUGGCUCUCAGUAUUCUGGAUGCAGUGUGAUCUCAUUGAGGUCUCGAAAUAAUGGGACAGCAACAGGAGUGGAUGUGUAUUGCAUUCUUAAGGAAGUCUCUGCCAGCGCUGUCCUGGAAAAAGAGAAAGUUUACUGGGAGUUGACUGAACAGCUCUUUAGAAGAAAGCUAAGCCACUUGAUUAUAGACAAAGACAGCCUCAGUGUGGAUGGGUAUAAUCGUAAGAUGACACUCUUCAGAUCCAGGAAGGGUUUGUUUAAACCUAAUAUCCACAAGGACAUGAAGCAGGAAAUGGAGAGGGCAGGAGAGACAAAGUCCCAAGUAUCAGGUAUGACAAAGAAUUAAAUGAUCCCUUCUCACAAGGUCCCUGUAUUCUAACAAUGAUGACAAUAACUACAGAGAUGAAUAUAUAUUGAAUAUAAACUAAGACUAAGUACAGUUAACAAGGUAUUUGAGGAGGAAAUGUGUAGGAAAUCAUGAAAGGUUUCAUGUAGAAGGUGGUGCUGGAGGUUAAUAACAAAGGGAAGGAAGGGAGGGUUAUUCCAGUUAUAGUGCAAUGUCAUAGUUAUGGGAGAUGAUGUUUCCCAUAGCCAGGAAAUGGAGAAGGUCAGAUUGGAAGAAUUAUUCAAUGCAAGAGGAAGAAUAACAUCCAUUGACAUUGGAGAGGUAGAUUGAGGCUGUGAUAAAAAAUGCAAAUGCAUUACACAUUAAUAAGAUAGAAUAAAUCAGAUAAAAAUUGUGCAUGCAACUAUAAAACUAGAAAAAGAUAAAAUCAGAAAUCUAAUUAAUGUUAGAAUUAGAAAUUCUAAAAAUCGAAGGAGAAAUUGAUAAAAUUAAAAAAUAAGAGAUCUAUUGAGCUAAUAAACUGGGAGUUGGUUUUAUGAAACAAACAAAUUAAACACAUGUCCCAUAUAGCAUAGAGCAUUGGUUAAUUUGAUUCAGAAAGGAAAGAAGAAAAUCAAAUUACCAGUAUCAAAAGUAUAAAAAGUGACUUCACCAUCAAUGAAGAAGAAAUUAAAGCAAUCAAUAGUAGCUAUUUUAUACCCAAUUAUAUGAAAAUAAAACUAUUCUUGUGGAAAUGGAUGAAUAUUUUACAGAAAUAUAAAUUUCCUAGGCUUACAAAAGAUGAAGGAAAAUAUUUGAAUGAUCCCAUUUUGAAAAAAAUAAAUUGAAUAAGCUCUCAAGAAGUCCCCAAGGAAAACAUCUCAGGGCCAGAUGGAUUCACAAGGG